CGAGCUGGGGAAGACGGAGCGCGCUCUGCGGGCGGGCCGGCGACCGCAGCCCGGGCGACGCGGGAGGAUGGAGCAAGUGGAGAUCCUGAGGAAAUUCAUCCAGAGGGUCCAGGCCAUGAAGAGUCCGGAUCACAAUGGGGAGGACAACUUCGCCCGGGACUUCAUGCGAUUAAGAAGAUUGUCUACCAAAUACAGAACAGAAAAGAUUUAUCCUACAGCCACUGGAGAAAAAGAAGAAAAUGUUAAAAAGAACAGAUAUAAGGACAUACUGCCAUUUGACCACAGCAGAGUUACGUUGACUUUGAAGACUCCUUCUCAAGAUUCAGACUACAUCAAUGCAAACUUUAUUAAGGGUGUCUAUGGGCCAAAAGCAUAUGUGGCAACCCAAGGACCAUUAGCAAAUACAGUAAUUGAUUUUUGGAGGAUGAUAUGGGAGUACAACGUUGUAAUAAUUGUAAUGGCCUGUCGGGAGUUUGAGAUGGGAAGGAAAAAGUGUGAGCGUUAUUGGCCUUUGAAUGGAGAAGACCCUAUAACAUUUGCACCAUUUAAAAUUUCUUGUGAAGAUGAGCAAGCAAGAACAGACUACUUUAUUAGGACUCUCUUACUUGAAUUUCAAAAUGAAUCUCGUAGACUCUAUCAGUUUCAUUAUGUGAACUGGCCAGACCAUGAUGUUCCUUCAUCAUUUGAUUCUAUUCUGGACAUGAUAAGCUUAAUGAGGAAAUACCAAGAACAUGAAGAUGUGCCUAUAUGUAUUCAUUGCAGUGCAGGCUGCGGAAGAACAGGUGCCAUUUGUGCGAUAGACUACACGUGGAACCUACUCAAAGCCGGGAAAAUACCAGAGGAAUUUAAUGUGUUUAAUUUAAUACAAGAAAUGAGAACACAAAGGCAUUCUGCAGUACAAACAAAGGAGCAGUAUGAGCUUGUUCACAGAGCCAUUGCCCAGCUUUUUGAAAAACAGCUACAACUGUAUGAAAUUCAUGGAAGCCAGGAUGUUGCUGAUGGAAAUGAAAUUACUACUGAAAAUAUGAUCAGCUCAACAGAUAGUGAAAAACAAGAUUCUCCUCCUCCCAAGCCUCCGAGAACUCGCAGUUGUCUUGUAGAAGGGGACGCUGAGGAAGAAAUACUGCAGCCACCAGAACCUCACCCAGUGCCGCCCAUCUUGACACCUUCUCCCCCUUCAGCCUUGCCAACGGUCACUACCGUGUGGCAGGAUAAUGACAGAUAUCACCCAAAGCCAGUGUUGCACAUGGUUUCAUCAGAACAGCAUCCAGCCGACCUCAACAGAAACUAUAAUAAGUCCGCAGAACUUACAGGGAAAAACGAAUCACCUGUUGAACAGAUAGAUAAAAAGUUGGAGCGAAAUCUAAGUUUUGAGAUUAAAAAAGUCCCUCUACAAGAGGGUCCAAAAAGUUUUGAUGGGAACACGCUCUUGAAUAGGGGACACGCAAUUAAAAUUAAGUCGACUUCAUCUUGCAUAACUGAUAAAAUCUCUAAGCCGCAGGAACCGAGUUCAGGUGACGCGAACCCCGAGGAAGCUCCUCAGAACUCCUGCGUGGACUGUGGCGCCGCACAGUCCCCCACAGCUCCUGUUAGUUCCCCAGAAGAACCCCUGCGGAAUCCAGACACACCCCCACGGCCAGACCGCUUGCCUCUCGAUCAGAAAGGACAGGUAACAUGGUCAUUUCGUGGACCUGAAAACCCCACGUCCAUAUCUGAUUCCUCUGAAGGCAGAUCCCCAGAUAACCAUUCGCCAGCUACAAAACCUGGGAGUUUAACACCAAACCCUACAACAGAAGUUGCGACCCGUGAUGCAGGGGCUUGUUGUAACAGUCCCCCGUUGUUCACGAGAGAGCCUCUCAGCUUUACCAACCCUCUCCACUCCGAUGACUCGGACUCCGAUGAAAGGACCUCCGAUGGUGCUGUGACCAAGAACGAAACUAGCAUUUCAACAGCAAGUGCCACCGUUUCUGCUGCCACGAGUACUGAAAGCAUUUCUGCUAGGAAAGUAGUACCAAUGUCCAUUGCUAGGCAUGGUUUGGCAGGAACAAUAUAUUCAGGUGCUGAAAAAGAUGUUGAUGUUAAUGAAGAUUCACCUCCUCCCCUUCCUGAGCGAACUCCUGAAUCUUUCGUAUUAGCAAGUGAACAUGCUAUACCUACAAGAUCUGAAUGGAGUGAAUUUCAAAAUCAGGAAUGGUCUGAGCAAAGAGAGUCUGAAGGUUUGAUAACCGCUGAAAAUGGAAAAUGUGGUCGUCUGGAAGGAAGUAUUCACACUGAAACUUGGACAGAAUGUCCAUCUGCUGUCAUUGACAAGAAAGAUCAAGUAACAGAAGGUCUGACAGAGGCCACGGAGAUUGGCUUCGGUAAUCGCUGUGGAAAACCCAAAGGACCAAGAGACCCACCUUCAGAAUGGACGUGACUCGGGGUUGACAGACACUUUAAAUUAUACUGGAAAAAUCAAGUGCCACCGAAAACCAGAUUUAUAGUAUUCCAUCUUCAAAAUGUGGAGCUCACAGCAGUGUAGAUUGUUACCUUGAUGUUUUUUGGUGGGGCCAUCUACCUGCCUUCUACUAUACUUAGGAAAAAGUAUUACACAUGGUUUAUUUUGUAACUUCAAGUAUUAUUGCCUUAAUGUCUCUUAACCCUGUUACACGCUGCUUGUAGACCUGUUAAUAUAGUAAUACUUUUAUGACAAAUUGAGUUUAAGGACUACUUUUCCGCUGUUUUAUCAUGUAUGCAUUAUUUUGUAUAUGUACAGGGCAAGUCGGUAUAUAAUUUGAUAAAGUCACAGUCAUAAAAUAUUAUUAACAGAAGAUGUAAGAAAUUUCUGCAUGUUCUAAAUCUUUGUGUACCUUGUUUGUAAAUAUAUUUGCCCUGAAGUUUUAGAAAAUAGUUUCUGAAUUUUAAAAUUGCUGGAUUCAUGCAGCCAGCAUCACAGGUUGUCAGAGAUCAAAGAUUGUAAUAAUAAUACAUUUUGUAAAUUGUAAGCAAAAAAGUUAUUUUUAUAUUAUAUACUGUCUAAUUGUUCAUCCUAAUGGUUCUUGUUUUCACCUAGUCAUGGAGAUUCAGUAAGUGCCUUGGAACAAUAUUGAAUUCUCUUAGCUCGUGUGUGUUCCUUUAAUAUUUGAACUCAACCAGGAUUAGAAGACUAUCAGAACGAACAUAUAUAUGUUUCAGGACAUUUGACCUGCCAUUAAAGAACAGAACAAAACAGUU